UCCCCGCCCCGCUCCGGCUGCUCUCCCCUUGGGUUCCUUCAUGCCUGCCCCAUGGCGACACUGAGUGGCCUGAUCCGGGCCCUGCAUCGUGGGAGCCUGGGCCAGAGCACGGUCGUGGAUCGGGUUUUCUCUGGCAUCCAGCCGACUGGGACACCUCACCUGGGCAACUACCUCGGAGCCAUUCAGAACUGGGUGAAUCUGCAGGAAGAGUGCAGCUCAGUGCUGUAUAGCAUUAUGGACAUGCACUCCAUCACUGUGCCCAAGGAACCUGCUGUCUUGCGCCAGAACGUGCUGGACACCGCUGCUGCCAUCCUUGCCUGUGGGAUUGACCCAAAGAAGUGCCUUCUGUUCCAGCAGUCACUGGUUUCUGAGCAUGCCGAGCUUGCCUGGAUUCUUGGGUGCUUAACUAACGUGCCACGUCUGCUACGCUUGCCCCAGUGGAAGAUGAAGCGUGCCAGCCAGAAUAACGAAGGAACUGCAGGCCUGUUGACUUACCCUGUGCUUCAAGCAGCAGAUAUUUUGCUGUACAAGUCGACACGUGUUCCCGUUGGAGAAGAUCAAGUCCUGCACCUGGAACUGGCCCAAGAUAUAGCACAACGUUUCAACAAGAAAUAUGGAGAAUUCUUCCCUGUGCCCAAAGCCAUUUUAAGUACCACAAAUAAAAUCAAGUCCCUCAGGGACCCCACGGUGAAGAUGUCCAAGUCAGACCCACAGAAGUUAGCUACUGUCUCCAUAGCAGACAGCCCUGAGGAGAUCGUGCUGAAGUUCCGCAAGGCUGUGACUGACUGCACCUCCGAGGUGACCUUCGACCCGGCCGGGCGCCCUGGGGUGUCCAACCUGGUGUGCAUCCACGCGGCGGUGGCGGGGCUGAGCGUGGGCGAGGCGCUGCGCCAGGCGCUGGGGCUGGACACCGCGCGCUACAAAGCGCUGGUGGCAGAGGCUGUCAUCCACAGACUGGCGCCCAUCAGGAGCGAGAUCAAGAGGCUGCGGCAGGACAGGUCCCACCUGCUGCAAGUCUUGGCGGACGGAGCGGCAAGAGCCAAGGAGCUGGCUGCCCCCACCUACCAAGAAGUAAGGCGCCUGGUGGGCUUCCAGUAGAAACUGCUGCCGAGCCAGGGAGCUUCUCUUCCCUCAGACAGAUACUUACUCGCUUGUACCUCUGCCCUGGAAACAAACCCUCUUUUUUCCUGGAACAAUACAAUAGGGUAUGGGAAGUGUUUACAUUAAAAAGCAAAGGGUCAGGAA